GUUCACUUGGAACGGGUCCUGGUUGGGUGAAGAGGUAGGUGGGAGUUUGCUUGUAGAAAAGUGGAAUCCAUUUGUCAGUUACUGGGGUCACUGCCGCUGAAUAAAUUAGGGCUGGUUCCUGUCCCUUCAGGAGUGCUGGAAGCCGAACUUCGAAUAAAAGUUUAAGGUUCCCUAGAGGGCAAAAGAUAAAGAACCGAGUCAUUCCCGCCACACACACCCCCGGGCCCCGCCUCCAUCCCGCCCCACCCUGCAGCUGGAGCGGCCAACCCUGACCCAGGUUAAAACUCCCAGAGAGUCUUCGCUGCUUCAACCUCUGUUUCUUACCCCACGCUCCCACCUGGAGGCCCUUUCAGGUCUCGCAGUCUCAACGAGCCCAACUAGGGGGCCCGAUGUGCGUGCCAACCGGUUCCCGAGAACUUGGGGGCAGCCGCUGAGAUCCGGAGCUCGCGGAGGGCGUGUGUUCGCAUCCUGCAGCCUUUCCCCGGAGGGUAACCGAGGGGCUUCCACCAUGAUCACCGAUGUCUUUAGGGGGCGCAUAUGGGUUCCUGUGAGUGUUCUGGCCUCGCUGGGGUACUUUUUCUACCAGCGGCGGGUGGCCCUGGCCCAGCUGCGAGCGGCGGACGGCCAGCAUCCCGUCGACCCCAGUCUCCUGGAGUUGAAAAUGGUGCAGGUGGUGUUUCGACAUGGGGCACGGAGUCCUCUCAAGCCUCUCCCGCGGGAGGAGCAGGUAGAGUGGAAUCCCCGGCUACUGGAGGUCCCACCCCAAACUCAGCUUGAUUAUACAGUCACCAACCUCACUGGUGGACCAAAACCACAUUCUCCUUUUGACUCUCAGUACCAUAAGACCAUACUGAAGGGGGGCAUGUUUGCUGGCCAGCUGACUAAUGUGGGCAUGCAGCAGAUGUAUGCCCUGGGAGAGAGACUGAGGAAGAACUAUGUGGAGGACGUCUCCUUCCUUUCGUCAACCUUCAACCCACAGGAAAUCUUUGUUCGUUCCACUAAUAUGCAUCGGAAUCUGGAGUCUACCCGGUGUUUGCUGGCUGGUCUUUUCCAACGUCAGAAAGAAGGACCCAUUGUCAUCCACACUGAUGACGCAAGCUCUGAAGUCUUGUACCCCAACUACCAGAACUGCUGGAGACUGCGGGAAAGAACAAGAAGCCGGAGACAGGCUGCGUCUUUGCAGCCAGGAAUCUCAGAGGAUUUGAAAAAGGUGAAGGAGGGGCUGGGCAUUGACAAUAGUGAUGAAGUGGACUUCCUCAUCCUCUUUGACAAUAUGGCUGCUGAGCAGGUGCAUGGCCUCCUGAGCUGCCCCAUGCUGAAGAGAUUUGCUUGGAACAUUGAACAGAGAGCCGUGGACACGGCCUUAUAUGUGCAAAGUAGAGACAGGGAAAGUCUUCAGAUGGCAGUCGGACCAUUUCUCUACCUCCUGGAGAGCAGCCUGCUGAAAGUCGUGGAUCCUGCCACUCCACCUGGCAAAAACAGAAAGCUGUACCUCUACGCGGCUCAUGAUGUGACCUUCAUACCUCUCUUAAUGGCACUGGGGAUUUUUGACCACAAAUGGCCACCAUUUGCUGUUGACAUGACCAUGGAACUCUACCAGCACCAGGAAUCUAAAGAGUGGUUUGUGCAGCUCUAUUACCAUGGGGAGAAGCAAGUGCCAAGAGGUUGCCCUGACCAGCUCUGUCCACUGGACAAGUUCUUGAACACCAUGUCAGUUUAUGCCUUAAACCCAGAAAAAUACCACACACUCUGCUCUCAAGCACUGGUGAUGGAACUUGGGAAUGGAGAGUGACUGAUUAUCCAAGCAGGAUGUGUUGAUUUUUAAAUAAAAAAUGCCUUUACACCAUGCCUCUGGCUGUUGGGUUUGGAAAAGGCAGGAACAAGUUAAUGCACUUUAACAUAAGGUAAGGAUAUUUCCUUCCUGUAGGUAAUAUUAAGGUCUCUUUUGAAAAAAAAAAAUACUUGUUUAAUUUUUAGAGAGAGGGGAAGGGCGGAAGAGAGGGAAACAAAUAUCUAU